AUGACACGCUUGCCAGGUCGUGUUGGGGCUGCUCGAGCUCAGCACAGCUCGACUAGAGCUAAGUUUCGAAAGCACAAGGUCAUUAUGGAGAGCGUGACUCAACAGAGAAAAAAGCUCCGAAGUAUUAUUUCCUUCGAAGCAGAUGCACCCCCAGGAUACACCUUCAUCCCCGCUGGCAAUCCUCAAUUCACCCUCGCUUGCAAGGAGCUAUGCCGUGAACAAGGAUUGAAGGUGUUCACAGUCACUACGACCCCUCACCAGAACACCCAUGGGCUGUCUCAGCAAGUGCACCGGGUGGGUUACCAUUUCCCGAGCACAGUCGUUGCCAAAAAGUGCAUGGAUCUUGGAUUAUAUGUCUCGGGGAAUGGGAACGUCAUGCCUUUUGAGAGUUUUGGCACCAAAUUCACUAGAACCGAUGGCGACGUGGAAGUCUCCCAAAUUACCAUAAACACCGAAGCAAGAGACGUCAUUCGUGACCUAUUCCCCAAUAUCCCCGACGAUGAUAUAAAUCAGAUCAUCAAGACUGCUUUUCAGAAGGGUCAGCGCAAGGUCGGUACGGCUGUUGAGCUGCCUCUCGCUCGUAGAGCACAGCUUGCUGUUGUUGCUCAUAUUCGACACGUAUACACGGAUUACGACAAACUCUUGAAAAAAACUUCGUUCCAAGAGGCAAGGCGUCAAGUAGAAGACUCUACGUUGGAAAGGCUUGUACAUUGGCGCGGUGAUGACGAAAGUGGAAUGCCAGAACUUGAAGAUGUCUUCCGUGAGGUCAUCGUGAUCUCUGAUGAUGAGGAAGAAGAGGAAGAAGAAGUCGAACACAAUGACAUUGGUUGCAAUAAACAAAUCCCUUCCGGAGAUCGAGAUCUCAGUGUCGAGAUACUGUCAACGCAAGUUGUUACCGACAAGCUUGACGUUAAUGCAAACGACACUGGCAAUCACUCUGUCAGCGCCUUCCCCGUGAAAGCUAAAGAAUCAAUUUCAAAUGAAUACCAUUUUGUUGCAGGAGCGAACACUCACACCUUUGGUAAACAGAAGAUCGACCGUCGCGGCUUCAGCCGGUACCAAGCUUGGGACCGAGCCAUGAACCGCUAUCGUGAGAAGAAACAAGCCCCGGAUAUUCUUCGUUUCCCUGACGGGUCUGUCUUUGGAAAAAUACCUCCGGCCACAUCGAAUAAGAGAAGCUCCCACUCAAUUGAUUUUCCAUCUACGCCUAUAUUUGUCGCAGGGCCAAGAAUAUCAUCCGAAGGGACACUUGAGAAACUUUCCAAGGAGAUAGAUUUGAUCGACUUGACGGGUGGGGAAGAUGCAAACGAGUUUCCCAAGCGAAGGAGAUUAGGAACGCGCAAAUACUCUCGCGAGAUUCAUCGCCCCUCAUCUUACGCAGAUGACUUACCUUAUUCCUACACGGGAAAACCGGUAUCUCAGCAUGCACCAGUAGUGAUGCGCAGUCGGUACCUUGAAACGAUGCGAGAGGGCGUCAGCGUUGACAGAAUGCCUAUUAUGAGAAAUGAUCCCGUUCCACUUGUGAUCAACGGGUCCAGAGAAGAGACUAGCCACCCACUAUACCACUCAAUAGCAUCCUCUAGUGCAACUUCUGUAAUGCCGACAAUACAGUUAGAGUCUCCCGAAAUCUACAAUGGAAUCGGAUCCUCAGGUAUGGGUCGCCCGCGUAUGAACCCUGCGCCUCUGUACAGGGACCACAGCUUCAAGGUUGAUGGUUAUGAAACGGAUUCCCCGAGACUGACUAUGCUUCGAGAGGACCGUCCGGCCAGCAGCCACCACGUUCGUGGCUCCGGCUCGGAUGAUGCAGUAUGGAGGAACAAAGCCAAUUCCUACAUGUCUCAAAGAAGGUUAUUAGAAACCCGGGAUUCUUCAUGGUUGGCAAGCGCACCUAAACCCUCAUUUCACCUGAGGAGGGUUCAAAGAUCCGAGCGAGUCACUCACAGCCCUGCGUUUACCCAAGAGGACAUUAUGGAUCCGUCUCCAACUUUUAAUGUUGACGGCAGAGCUGAAAAUGCACUUCAGCAAUAUGGGAUUCAAAAUCGUCGAGUCUCUUCACAACCUCCUCUAUCAGAUACGCAGAGAAAGAGGGACACACUUCCCGCGUCAGCAAUGAGGAGAUAUGAGGUACAGUUAGAAAGAUCUUUGAAUUCUCGUCGGUAUGAGCCUGCCCCUCAUCAGGAGCGAUGA